UGAGUACGCUCUGUUAGCCUUGAGCAGCUAGCAUAAAGAAAACACCUAGCUAAACGUCCGCUUCUGCUCCAAAUCUGUCAUUAAUCAACAAAAAAAAAAAGCUAGCAUGGAUGCUAACCCUCCGGCGCAGAGCAGGACGCGCGUUGCCAUCCUCGCCGAGCUGGACAGGGAGAAGCGGCGGCUGCUGCAAAGCGUGCGCGGCCCCGGAACCAACGUCGCGCUCUCGUUCCGACCCGGACCGAAAGAGGUGAGGGACAGCGCGGAGCAGCAGCACGUCGCAGCGCAGCAGGAGGCCGCUCUGCAGCACGCACACGGACACUCGUCGGGUUUCUUCGUCACGCAGGACUCCGCGUUCGGGAACCUCAUCCUCCCGGUGAUCCCGAGGCUGGAGCCCGACGUCUGAGUCCGAAACCCGCGGAGGAAACAGACUGAGCAGUGUCUGCCUGGGUGGACAUGAAUAAAAGACACGCCACAUUUAAAUGACUGUGUUACAUGUGAUCCUAUUUAUAUUUGUUUUUGUCUUGUUAUGGACUUUAAUGGUGAUUUAAGCAUCAAAAACAGAAUAAAAAGACAUUUUUUUAUUUUUUUUUUAAAGAAACUGCAUGUCAGGAGGAAAUAAUUGUUGUAAAGUAAUAAUAAUAAUAUUAAUCUUUAUUUAUAGAGCACAUUUCAUACAGACUAGCUCAAAGUGCUGUACUUUUGAAAAAAGUUAAAGAUAAAAAUAGAUAAGAUAAAUGAAUAAAAAACUGAA